AUGUCCAUGUCACCCACGGUCGUCAUCCUGGCAUGUCUUGGGUUCUUCUUGGACCAGAGCGUGUGGGCACACGUGGGUGGUCAGGACAAGCCCUUCUGCUCUGCCUGGCCCAGCGCUGUGGUGCCUCAAGGAGGACACGUGACUCUUCGGUGUCACUAUCGUCGUGGGUUUAACAUCUUCACGCUGUACAAGAAAGAUGGGGUCCCUGUCCCUGAGCUCUACAACAGAAUAUUCUGGAACAGUUUCCUCAUUAGCCCUGUGACCCCAGCACACGCAGGGACCUACAGAUGUCGAGGUUUUCACCCGCACUCCCCCACUGAGUGGUCGGCACCCAGCAACCCCCUGGUGAUCAUGGUCACAGGUCUAUAUGAGAAACCUUCACUCACAGCCCGGCGGGGCCCCACAGUUCGCACAGGAGAGAACGUGACCUUGUCCUGCAGCUCCCGGAGCUCCUUUGACAUCUACCAUCUAUCCAGGGAGGGGGAGGCCCAUGAACUUAGGCUCCCUGCAGUGCCCAGCAUCAAUGGAACAUUCCAGGCCGACUUCCCUCUGGGUCCUGCCACCCACGGAGAGACCUACAGAUGCUUUGGCUCUUUCCAUGAAUCUCCCUACGAGUGGUCAAACUCGAGUGACCCACUGCUUGUUUCUGUCACAGGAAACCCUUCUAGUAGUUGGCCUUCACCCACUGAACCAAGCUUCAAAACUGGUAUCGCCAGACACCUGCAUGCUGUGAUUAGGUACUCAGUGGCCAUCAUCCUCUUCAUCCUCCUCCUCUUCUUUCUCCUUCAUCGCUGGUGCUCCAAAAAAAAAAAUGCUGCUGUAAUGAACCAAGAGCCUGCGGGACACAGAACAGUGAACAGGGAGGACUCUGAUGAACAAGACCCUCAGGAGGUGACAUGUGCACAGUUGGAUCACUGUGUUUUCACACAGAGAAAAAUCACUGGCCCUUCUCAGAGGACCAAGAGACCCUCAACAGAUACCAGCGUGUAUAUAGAACUUCCAAAUGCUGAGCCCAGAGCAUUGUCUCCUGCCCACAAGCACCACAGUCAGGCCUUGAUGGGAUCUUCUAGGGAGACAACAGCCCUGUCUCAAACCCAGCUUGCCAGCUCCAAUGUACCAGCAGCUGGAAUCUGA